AUGACUGGACGAAGCCUCCUGCUGCUGGCCGUUUUGGCGGCCGUAGCGCUACUGCAGCACAUGACAGCGGGCGCGGCCGUCGACGGCGUGAUUAUUGUGCGCGGCAACAAGCUCUACAAUGCCAAGUCGGGCGAGCGUUUUUUCAUCAAAGGGCUGACGUACGAGUACGCCGUGAGCGAUGACUACUAUGACAAGUACUCGAAGGCUGUGAUCGAGGAAAAUCUCGCGGGCCUCAAGUACAACACACUGCGUCUGUACAACAUCAACCCCGGUUCUUCGUACAAGAAGUUCAUGAAUGACAUGGCUGCACUCGGUGUCUACGUCAUGGUCUCGGCCUCGCCUGACAACGAUGCAUACUACGGGAAAUAUCGGUACUCGACCAUCACUAAGAAACUGAGUUGCUCGGGUAAAGUAUCCACUGGCGAUGGUGCCAAGACUGUGGACCAGACUGAGACCUGUUACCCGGCACUGCUGCUUGAAUAUGGCAAGAAGAUUAUCCAGAAUUUUGCCCAGUACGACAACACCCUGGGCGUCGUUGUGGCCAACGAAAUCAUGCAGGCCGAUCUCACGGCUGCCUCUUGUGUUAAGGCGUACGUAGCAGACCUAAAGAAUUGGAUGUCGGUCAAUGGCAAGAAGAUACGACUUCUACCGCUCGCAUACGCUGCGGCUGACAGUAGUAACGAUGAUGUAAGCAACGCAGACGACUAUCACGUGAUGAAGGUCCAGGGACUGCUUUGCGGAGACAAGAUGACCAACGGAAUGAUGGCAGAGAGUAUUGAUAUAUACCUUAUCAAUGAGUACCGUUGGUGUCCUGAUUCGACGUUUGCAGAGGCAUACCAGCGCUACAUUGACAUGGCGCAGGGUAUUCCUGUCGUCGUUGCUUUCGGCGAGUAUGGCUGUAAGACUUCUUCAGCUAGCCCGCGUGACUGGGGAAUGGUUCCGUACAUGUACCAAGAGCCCUCGAAGACCAAGGAGUUUACCGCCGUUUGGUCUGGUGGCCUGGCUUACUCGUAUGGUGAAGCCAAGCUCGCAAAGGACUCGCUGUUCCCAAUGUUCACAGGCGGCAGCACUGAUUUUUUGUCAACGCCCAGUUCGAAGGCAUCAACAGAUUUCACGAACCUGAAGGCCCAAUUUGCAAAGUACUCUGGCUACAAGGACGACGCAGAGUGGACUGACAGCACCAACAGUUGCUCGGCGAGCAACCUAAAGAUCGCCAGCACAGACUCGUGGACGUGCUCCAGCCGUGAAGGCGUGGUAUGCACGGACGAUGGCGGCAAAUGUGAUGUUGCUCUUAAAGGUACCGUCGGUACGACCCAGGAGGACAUUUGCGGCUCUUACGAGGUUACUAGUGGUGGUGGCACUUGCGAGAGCACGUCUGACUGCGGUGGCAACGGCCAGUGCAAGGAAUCGAACGGCACCAUGUCGUGCAGCUGUUUGUCCUGUUACACGGGCACCGACUGCAGCGUAAAGGACAUUACCUCCUGUGCAACUCUGAGUAGCUCGGACACAGCCCCUCAGAAGAUUUUUGUGGGCAUUGGUGUGUUCCUGGGUGUUAUGGCGGUGGUCUUUAUCGCCCUUGGUGUUGCCGCCGCCAAGAAGAAAUCUGAAACGGACAGAUUUGCGCAGCAAGUGAAGGCUGGAGGCAGCACCCAAACGACUGAUGCUUCUUUGUAG